CAUGAACAAGCUCAAAAUUAUAUGUCUCCUUGCCUUCCCACGGAGUAAUAACCUUUUAGGUGCCAAACAUGGGCUCCAUAAGGGAGAGAGAAGAAAUGGAGAGAAGGGCAUGGGCAAGGGGUAUGUGGGAGAUCAUGAAGGAAUCGGUAAGCCAAAAGCUUCUCACAUGGCAUCUCCCUUCCCCUCCCUUCCUCCUUCCGGGACAACUCUCUGGUCUCACGGUAAUUGUCACUGGGGCCACCAGUGGCAUAGGACUCCACACUGCGAGGGAACUGGUCAUGGCUGGGGCUCAUGUUGUCAUGGCUUGUAGGAACAUCGAGGUUGCAAACUGCAUGGCGCAUGAAUGGAGAGCACAGGCAAGUGAUGGAAUGAUCGGAGAAAUGGAGGCCAUACCAAUUGAUCUCCUCUCUCUAUCAUCAGUUCUUAGUUUUGCACUAGAGUGGGAGAAGCGUGCAAAGCCCUUGCAUGUACUAGUCAACAAUGCAGGUGCCUUUUACAUGAAAGAACCACAAAGAUUUACUGAAGGCGGAAUCAAGCAACACAUGCAGGUGAACCACAUAGCUCCAGCACUGCUCAUUCUUCUUCUCUUACCUUCUUUGCUUAAAGCUCCCUCCUCACGGAUUGUCAAUGUUAAUUCUGUGGCUCACCAUUGUGCUGUAGUUGACCCUUCUCACUGGACUAGCAGAAUUGAGGAUGACAAGUUCAAUGAUAUAAGAGCCUAUGGCGAGAGCAAACUAGCCCAACUAAUGUUUCUCAAGACCCUAGCCAGGAAGCUUUCAGAGAAGAAAAUAACCUCCAUCCAGUGCAUUGCGGUGAGCCCAGGGAUCGUCAACACCAAAUUGGUAAAACAAGUUCCAAUCUCUGAUUGGAAGUUAUUCUGGAUGUUCAGUCCUGCUGAAGGUGCAAGGAGUGUGGUCUUCUGUGCAACAAGUGCCAGAACGGUUGACAAGGCCAAGGGUUUUGCAUACUAUUCUUAUGCUUGCAAGCCGACCAAGGAGUCACCUCAGGCAAUGGAUGUGGAUUUAUGUCUCCAUGUGUGGCAAAAGACAUUGGAAAUUCUGCAUUUAGAUGUAGACUAUUUAAAUCAAGUCAUCAACUGUUAAAUAUGCUUUUAGACGAGUUUUAACUCAUCUUGAAUCAAGAGAACUUUAUUCCUCUGAUCAAGAGAGAUUACUUAAUUCUGUUUUCUUUUCUUUCUUUGGUAGUCUUUCAGCAUGUUCAAAAUCUUGUCUUCCACAUGAACUAGCACCCCAACAGUCUCAACUUUUCAA